AUGAGGAUGCUGCCACAAGCUGCUGAUGUACCGCACAAGCACGUGCCGCCGCCAUUCCUCGGACGGUGCCCCUCGUCGCUGAAAGCAGCUUUGGGGCCUCGGUGUGACUCGACGCUAUUUCCUCCAACUGGGACAGCGGGUGGAAAUCCUUCCGCGAGUAACACGCGGACCGUCCAGCAUUCUCAGACUCGCAAUAUUGGGCACAAAGCACUUCUGCAAGCCUCCGCGUCCGUAUGCUUUCCGUCUCCGGUGCCGCGUCGAGAUGCCGACCAGCUAGCUGGACGGCCGUUGCGAGCGACGAGCACCCUCGCUCUGCUCGGCCCCGGAGUCGAGAAUGCCAGCAACGUGACAGCACCGCCGGACUUGUCAAGGACAGGGAGGGUAUUCAAGCAUUCGUCUCAUCUUCCAUCUUACGUCCUCUACAGCAGUCAUCGUUGCGUCUUACAGGACGCCACCAACUCCGUCGUAUAUCAUACGCUUGCCACUGCAAGUGAUCCAGCAGGCAACGACGAUGCUGUGGCCGUCCAGGCGAAUAUGGACGAGCCAUCGUCCGAACUAGCUCUACCUGAAGACGGAGAAAACGACGAGCAGGCCGGAGAGACUGGAAAUGACAAACAGCCUCUGGCUGAAGAUGAAGGACAGGUGGUUUCUAAUGUCCAGUUGAAAACUGUGUCUCCGCACAAUGGUGAUAAGAAGAGUGCGCGAAGCCCACCGGGAACCAGCCCAGGCACGACGGGUACCUCGACCCCCGCCGCAGACGAAGCUCACGCCACAGGUUCUAAGGGUACAGGGGGGGCAGUCAAGGCCUCGAGCGCGGUGGAUGAAGAGAAAGAGGCGAGAGAGAGAGAGAAGUACAAGCAAAUUUAUGGUCAAGCUGCUAAAGAAGCAGCGGAAACAGCUCGAGCUCAGCAGCAGGUCCCCAAAAGUCAGCAGUAUCACAGGCUCGUUGGUCGGACCACGCAGCAGGAAGACUACGAGAAGCUGAAAAAAGAGCUUGAGGAAAUGCCUGCCGACCAGAGGGAGAAAUUGAUAGCAAAAAGGCGAAAGGAAGUGCAAGACAGAAAAGAUGCCCGUAAGAAGUACGACCAAGUUAUAGAGGAGCUGAAGAAAAAACUAAAGGAGCGGGAACAACGCAAGGCGGCGGCCGCCAAACAGCCAAGGACUCGAUCCAAGACCAUAUAG